AUGACUCUCCCCAUACCCACUCCCAGUCCCUCCCCAGUCCUCCCAGUCCCUCCCAGUCUCCCCAUACCCACUCCCAGUCCCUCCCCAGUCCUCCCAGUCCCUCCCAGUCCCUCCAUCACCCCCUCCCAGUCCCUCCCAGUCCCCCCAUCACCCCCUCCCACUCCUUCCCAGUCCCUCCCAGUCCCUCCCAGUCCCCUCAUCACCCUCUCCCAGUCCCUCCCCAGUGCUCCCAGUCCUUCCCAGUCCCUCCCAGUCCCCCCAUCACCCCCUCCCAGUCCCUCCCGGUUCCUCCCAGUCCCCCCAUCACCCUCUCCCAGUCCCUCCCAGUCCCCCCCAGUCCCCCAUCACCCAUUCCCAGUCCCUCCCCAGUGCUCCCAGUCCCUCCCAGUCCCCUCAUCACCCUCUCCCAGUCCCUCCCCAGUGCUCCCAGUCCCUCCCAGUCCCCCCAUCACCCUCUCCCAGUCCCUCCCAGUCCCCCAUCACCCAUUCCCAGUCCCUCCCCAGUGCUCCCAGUCCCUCCCAGUCCCCUCAUCACCCAUUCCCAGUCCCUCCCCAGUGCUCCCAGUCCCUCCCAGUCCCCUCAUCACCCAUUCCCAGUCCCUCCCCAGUGCUCCCAGUCCCUCCCAGUCCCCUCAUCACCCUCUCCCAUCCCCCCCAGUCCCCCCAUCACCCAUUCCCAGUCCCUCCCCAGUGCUCCCAGUCCCUCCCAGUCCCCUCAUCACCCUCUCCCAGUCCCUCCCAGUCCCCCCCAGUCCCCCCAUCACCCAUUCCCAGUCCCUCCCCAGUGCUCCCAGUCCCUCCCAGUCCCCUCAUCACCCUCUCCCAGUCCCUCCCCAUCCCUCCCCAGUGCUCCCAGUCCCUCCCAGUCCCCCCAUCACCCCCUCCCAGUCCCUCCCAGUCCCUCCCAAU